AUGGACCCAAUAACCUAUAGCGAUUAUCUAGAGAUUAUGAAAGAACUUGUGGGAGAACGGUUGCCGAAAUUUAAUGCAACAGAAUCAGAGAUGUUAAAAGGGUCUUUUGACUUCCUGGGGUUAAAUUACUAUAUUACCUCUUAUGCUUUCAAUGUUCCUCCAGCCAACCCCAACUAUCUAAGCUAUCAAACUGAUGCUUGCGCCAAUACCACCGGUGUUCGAAAUGGCAUUGCAAUUGGUACACCGACUGCUUCACCAUGGCUCUAUGCAUAUCCAAUGGCCAUGGGACAAGUUCUGAAUUACAUAAAUGGGAAAUACAACAAUCCUCUUAUUUACAUCAUCGAGAAUGGAGAUUCCCAGGAGAAAGCCCAAGUAUUGAAGUCCCUCAAUCACACCAACAGAAUUGAAUACUUCAAAAGUCAUCUAUAUUACCUUCAUAGAGCCAUCAGAUAUUUGUGCGAUGACGGCCUCCUUCUUGAUGAAGUGGCCCGUCAGAAACCUUUUGAUGAUGAUUAUGAUCAGCAUGAAGCCUACAAAUACUUUCAUUCAUGUGAUUCAAAGGCUAGUUAUACAUCCUUGGAUCGGUUGAUAAAUCUAUCACUGACUCUAUGA